GUGGCGCCCGCAUCGCCGCCGCUGCGCGCUCGUCACGUAGCGUCAGUGCCGCCCUGUGCUGACGGUGCGCGCCUAGCAGAGCACUGAGCAGUGCGAGCACGAUGGUGGCCGCCAGCAAGCCGGUGCUGGAGCUGCUGGCCGGCCGCGACUGCCGCCACAUCGUCCACCCCUGGACGCCCAGCUGCUGGAGGGCCUCGCUGCGCGUCUUCGCCAUCUUCCUGUUCGGCUCAUCGCGCCUCAUGCUGCCCGCCUAUGCCGCGCAGGUCGCGGUCGGCGGAUGGCGGCCGAGCCUGGCGUCGGCGCUGCGCGCUUUGCUGCGCUCCCUCUGCUUCGGCACCUCGGUGACCACGGGCAUAUUCGUCUUCCACUGCCUCUUCAGAUAUUUACUUGGCGGCUAUCACGGGUCAACCGCAUUAUUUUGGCCAGCUUUCCUCGCUGGCUUGUCGGUAUACAUUGAAGAUGACAGACGAAAACCAAUUACAGCAUUUUACUACUACACGUGGCUGCUGGAGUGGCUGUUCCGGCGGCUGUCCGCGCCCUGGCCGGCCGUGCGCUCCCGCGCCAGCCUCACGCUGCUCUUCACGGCGGCCAGCGGCGCCCUCAUGUGGACGCUGCGGCGCGGCGACCACCCCAAGGACACGCCCAUCUUCUGGUUCUUCAGGCCGUCUCGGCGCUCAGGCGACAUCGAGAGCAAUAAGGGCUGUUCGCACCAGGGAACCUGUUGGAACCACGGCCUCACGCUGGCGGCGAAGUACCUGGCGGCGGGCGUGGCGCUGCAGGCGGCUCGCCACCUGCUGGCGCAGUGGAGGCGACCUGCGGGCCCCGGGCGCGGGCGCGGGCUGGCUGCACUGCUGGUGGGCGCCCUGUGCGGCGACAACUCGCUGGGGCUCUUCCUCGCCGCCUACGUCGCUCUCUACCAGGCGGUGCGCUGCGGGUUGUGCCGGCUGCGGGGCGAGGACCGGUCUGCGCAUGCGCUCCUGGCCGGCCUGGCGAGCGGCGCCGCCUUCUGGCUCCACCCGGACCUCACCAUCGCCUUCGCCGCCGUAACGACGCUCGUACAGCUGCGGGUGGCGCACCUCUGCGACCGGCGCCUGCUCGAGCCCGUGUGGGCGCUGUGUCUGUCUGCGCUGCUACACGUGGCCGUCCUGGACCGGCGCCACUGUCCCCCGGGUUUCAUGGCCCUCACCGAGAUUCUCGCUCCAGGCGUAGUACUCGGAAUCCACAAACGGUUGUUCUACCUCGAGUAGUACGAGUAGAUCGGCUGCCGAACCAAUGAGCAGCGCAAGAAAUGGGACUUCUGCUUGCAGUGUACCAAGAUGCAGGAAAUAGUCUUCGAACUCGCGUGCUGGAGCUUCUGCUGUUAUCCUACGGAUUGGUGCGGAGAUCAUUGCCAAGGAAUCUACUGUAUAAAAUACUUCACAAAUCUGACCGAAACGUGACCUGUUAGCUAUUCAAUAGCGCACUCCUCGUUAUCAAUCUUACAUACUAUAAAAGCUUUAUGUGGGUUUUUAAACCC